UCUUCUUCCUUCAAGUCCGUCGUUUCAGCUCAGACGUUGUUCAACUGCUGUCAUUCCCUGAUUUGGGUCUGCUUCCUUUUCCAAUUUCCUCAACUGGGUCUGCUUCAUUACCCACCCAAAUCAUCAUGGCUUCCAUAAAGUCUCUACCUUUUAUGAUAGAGAUCAAGGCUGAGAGCUCUGUGCUGCUCCACAGCGAGAACAGUCGCCGGCUCCGGUUCCCUUUCUUCACUCACCGGCGGAGAAGGGCCGGUGAGGUGAGUCUGAUCAGUGGCUCAGCAAGUGGGUAUUCACAGGCUGUGGGGCAGUGUAGUGGGAAUAUUAGUUCUUGCACAAAAGGACAGCUUUGGAGAGUAAAGCCUGUUAGAGCAAUUGGAAGGGUCUCUAUGGACAAUGAGGAGGACAAUGGUGAUUCAGAAAAUGCGCUUCAGGCCACCAUUGAGAAGAGCAAGAAGGUUCUUGCUAUGCAAAGAGACCUACUUCAACAGAUUGCUGAAAGAAGGAAAUUGGUAUCUUCUAUAACAAGUGUAGAUGAUGAAGAAGAUCGUUCAUUUGAACAAGAAGACUCUUUUGCGGUUGUAGAAAGUUCUUCAAGUGAUGAUAAUGACAGUAUUGAAGAACAAAAUUCCAGCUUUUCUUCAAGCAGCCAUGUUCAUUCAAAUGCAGAAGAGGAAGUAGAAACGGUGUCUUCUGCUGUUAGUAGAGGCUUUAGUGAUAUCGAGAAGGAGCUUCACGAAACAGUGCCUCUUAAUAAGGCUUCCUAUGAGGUAGAGUCCGAAAAGCAUGUAAAUAAUACCAGUGCCAAGUCAGAGUGGUCCGAUUCUCUACCAUCUUUUAUUUCAACCGUUGCGACGUCGUCUCUGCAAGAUGUAGAAGAGCAUCUAGAUCCAAAAGAACCAAAUUUACAGGAGGUCAACGCUGGGGCAGCUGAUCCUGCAAUUGAAGAUGUAAAGCCCCCUCCUUUGGCUGGGCCUAAUGUCAUGAAUAUCAUAUUGGUGGCAGCAGAAUGUGCUCCAUGGUCAAAAACAGGUGGGCUUGGAGAUGUUGCUGGAGCUUUACCAAAGGCUUUGGCUCGGCGUGGCCACAGGGUUAUGGUUGUGACACCUCGGUAUGGAAUUUAUGCUGAACCUCAAGAUUUAGGAGUCCGAAAAGGAUAUAAAGUAGAUGGCCAGCACAUGGAAGUAGCAUUUUUUCACUCCUAUAUUGAUGGUGUAGAUUUUGUUUUCAUUGACUCUCCUAUGUUCCGCCACAUGGAGAAUAAUAUAUACGGAGGAAAGCGUGAGGAUAUCUUGAAGCGGAUGGUGUUAUUUUGCAAGGCUGCUGUUGAGGCCCCUUGGAAUGUUCCCUGUGGUGGUGUUUGCUAUGGUGAUGGAAACUUGGCUUUCAUUGCAAAUGACUGGCAUACUGCACUGUUGCCAGUGUAUCUGAAGGCAUAUUAUCGAGACAAUGGCUUGAUGAUGUAUACAAGGUCCAUCCUUGUAAUCCAUAACAUAGCUCACCAGGGUCGUGCACCAGUAAGUGAUUUCUCCUUCGUUGAUCUUCCGCAACACUACUUGGACCUUUUCAGAAUGUAUGAUCCUAUUGGAGGGGAGCAUUUCAAUAUCUUUGCAGCUGGUUUGAAGACAGCCGACCGUGUGGUUACUGUAAGUCAUGGAUAUGCCUGGGAAGUUAAAACAGUUGAAGGUGGUUGGGGAUUGCAUGGAAUCAUAAAUGAAAAUGACUGGAAACUCCGGGGCAUCGUUAACGGAAUUGAUAGUAAAGAUUGGAAUCCACAGUAUGAUGUUUUCUUGAGAUCAGAUGGUUAUACAAACUACUCCCUUGAGAUGCUUCAGACUGGUAAACCUCAGUGUAAGGCAGCCUUGCAGAAGGAGCUGGGUUUGCCGAUCCGUGAAGAUGUCCCUUUAAUUGGUUUCAUUGGAAGAUUAGAUCACCAGAAAGGUGUCGAUCUCAUAGCAGAGGCGAUUCCAUGGAUGAUUGAGCAAGAUGUGCAACUAGUCAUGUUAGGCACUGGAAGGCCUGACCUGGAACAGAUGCUGCAAGAAUUUGAACAUCAACACCGAGACAAGGUCAGGGGAAGGGUUGGUUUUUCUGUACAAACAGCUCAUAGGAUUACGGCUGGUGCAGACAUUUUACUUAUGCCAUCAAGAUUUGAGCCUUGUGGACUAAACCAACUAUAUGCGAUGAACUAUGGGACAGUCCCAGUCGUUCAUGCUGUUGGUGGACUGAGAGAUACAGUACAUCCUUUCAAUCCGUAUGAGGAGUCAGGACUAGGGUGGACAUUUGACAGUGCUGAUACAAGUAAGCUCAUCCAUGCAUUAGGAAAUUGCCUAUAUACUUAUCGGGACUACAAGCAGAGUUGGGAAGGAAUCCAGAGACGAGGAAUGAUGCAAGACCUAAGUUGGGACAAUGCUGCUCAGAAUUAUGAGGAAGUUCUGGUGGCUGCAAAGUACCAAUGGUGAGAGCUGUAACUGCUUCAUGGCUACAAUGAGUCUUUGCGAGCCUCAUCAAGGUUUAUUACAUAUGUCAAGUUUUGUUAAGAAAGUCACUACGGUAGUAUUUAAUUACUAUGCAAAUAUUGUUAGCAGAUUCUUUUUCUUUCCUUUGUUUUAUAUAUGAUUCAAAAUGUCACAUUUUAUAAUGUGAGUGGAGAAUGCAGUACUCUUUAUUUUCAUGGGAA